GCUGGUCGAUCGGCCAUUUUGAGAAUUUUUGGUCGGGGGAAAAGGAAAAAUUCUUUUCCUAUCAAUUUUUUUUAUUGACCAUUUUGUUUAUGUAUUUUCGAGAUUUUAAUCCCCUUACUGAUUCUCGUUAGUCGUUGAUUAAAUAAUAAAUUAUGACAGUGCUCGAUCGUUUGCGAAUAUCGCCGUCGUUUCGCCGAACCAGCCUCGUCCGAUUUUGAGUUGACCGUGCAGCGGACGUUCGGUGCAGCACGUUAAAAAAUCAGCUGUACGUCGUUAGUUAAUGACAACUCGUUCGUCGGGAGCCCUGGAAGGUAAAAAAGCGAACGCAAUGGGCAACGCCGCGACGGCUAAUAAGAAAGGCGACUCGGCUGAGAGCGUCAAAGAGUUCCUCGACCAGGCCAAGGAGGACUUCGAGGAGAAGUGGAAAAAGAACCCCACGAACACGGCGGCCCUUGAAGACUUUGACCGUAUCAAGACGUUGGGUACUGGCUCAUUUGGUCGUGUCAUGAUUGUACAACAUAAGGCUUCCAAGGAGUAUUAUGCUAUGAAAAUACUUGAUAAACAGAAAGUGGUGAAGUUGAAACAGGUAGAACAUACAUUGAACGAAAAAAGAAUUUUACAAGCAAUUAGUUUCCCGUUCCUCGUCAGUUUGAAAUAUCACUUCAAGGACAAUUCCAAUUUAUAUAUGGUGCUUGAAUAUGUGCCAGGAGGUGAAAUGUUCUCUCACCUGCGAAAGGUUGGCCGUUUCAGCGAGCCACAUUCGCGUUUUUACGCGGCUCAAAUAGUGCUAGCAUUCGAGUAUCUACACUAUCUUGACCUAAUCUACAGAGAUCUCAAGCCAGAAAACUUGCUGAUCGAUUCGCAGGGCUAUUUGAAAGUAACAGACUUUGGUUUUGCGAAACGUGUCAAAGGGCGAACAUGGACCCUGUGUGGUACGCCUGAAUAUUUGGCGCCCGAAAUUAUAUUAAGCAAGGGAUAUAAUAAAGCUGUCGACUGGUGGGCUCUUGGAGUUCUAGUAUACGAGAUGGCUGCUGGUUAUCCACCAUUCUUUGCAGACCAACCUAUACAGAUAUACGAGAAAAUUGUCUCGGGCAAAGUACGUUUUCCAUCACAUUUUGGUUCUGACCUAAAAGACCUACUGAGGAAUUUGCUACAAGUGGAUCUAACCAAACGAUUUGGAAAUCUGAAGAAUGGUGUCAACGAUAUCAAAGGACACAAGUGGUUUGCAUCAACAGAUUGGAUUGCAGUGUUUCAGAAGAAAAUUGAAGCUCCGUUUAUUCCUAGGUGCAAAGGACCUGGAGAUACAAGCAAUUUUGAUGAAUAUGAGGAAGAAGCAUUAAGAAUCUCUUCAACAGAAAAAUGCGCCAAAGAGUUUGCCGAGUUUUAAGGUACGCAAACUGUCUAUUUUAUUUAGAUACAUUUAUACAUUUUGUUUUCGCAGCCUCAGUACACAAUUAAUAAUACAAUAGGAGGACCAAACUGUUUAUGAGAAAUUCUGCUUGUAUUAAAAUUAUUAUGAUUUAGUAGGUUUUUACUAAGAUGGCUUUGUUUAGCCAGUGGCGUUCGCAGGAAAUACAUUUUGUUCAAGAGUCAGAAAACUCAGAAAAAUUGUUAUUAUAUCACUGUGUGGAUAUAUAUAUAUAUAUAUAUAUAUAUACCAUGCUGAACUAAAAUGACAAUGGUGUAUUUCAAUCAUAUUAAUAUACUUGGGUAUAUUUUUACAAUGUCAAAAUCUUGCUCUACGUUAGAUAAGAUACAAUCUCUUUUUACAUUGAUUUUGUUUUUUGUUAACUUGUUUACAAAAUCUGAAUUCAUAUAUUUCUUUUGAUCCUUUCUUAUUGUUAGAUUUUGACAAAUUGGGACUUUAGAGACAUAAUAGAUA